CCACAAAAGCUUCCUGUGUGGGGGGUAUUGGCUCUAAAACCUUGUGCUACAAAGUGUUGGGCAGAAAGACAGAGAAGGCCGCAGACAGAGAAUAACAGGUAUGCAACAAAAAAAGAGAGAGAUAAUCUGAAGGAAGAAAUGAAGGGUGGAGAGGGUCACAGUGAUACUUCGAGUUGACCACAAAACUAGUGAACAGUUGCUGCCACUGCUUCCGUGACGACACAUCGCACAGUUCCUCAACUCAACUGUAGACUUACAAGAAACACACGUAGAGAGAAAGCCAAAGAUGGACACCUUUCAGAAGCCCACCGAUCUCCCCUCUCUCUGACAUGACGGAGGAAUCUGCUGUGACACACAUCAUGCCAUGGACGCCCAAGCCUGCAUUCUGAGGGACCUACUGGCCCAAAUCGGCAGCAAGGAAGCAGAACAAGAAGGGGCAGAGAACGGCUUCGCCGGAGAGUUUUUGAAACUGAAGAGGCAGUCUACAAAAUAUCGAGCAGAGAAGACAUACCCCUCCACAGCUGCGGACAAACAAGAUAACGUGAAGAAGAACAGAUACAAGGACAUUGUUCCCUUUGAUCACAGCAGAGUAAAGCUCUCCCUCAUUAAAUCCAAACAUGACACGGACUACAUUAAUGCUAGUUUCAUUAAGGGGGUGUUGGGUCCUAGGGCAUAUAUUGCCACACAAGGCCCGCUGCCAAACACUGUGCUUGACUUCUGGAGGAUGCUGUGGGAAUACAAUGUGCAGGUUAUUGUGAUGGCUUGCCGAGAGUUUGAAAUGGGAAGGAAAAAAUGUGAGCGUUACUGGCCGGAGUCAAAGGAGCAUGUGUUUGCGUGUGAGCCCUUCACCAUACACUAUGAGUCUGAUGAGAAUAAGGGAGAAUAUUUAAUAAGGACGCUGAAGGUGACAUGUAAACAAGUGUCCCGGACACUGAAACAGCUGCACUAUGUGAACUGGCCGGAUCACGGAGUACCUGACUCCAUCCCUCCCAUCCUGGAGCUGCUGCAGGACAUGCGCAUUUACCAGGAUCACGAGGAGCUUCCCAUCUGCAUUCACUGCAGUGCAGGCUGUGGAAGAACGGGUGUAUUGUGUGCCAUCGACUAUACCUGGAAUCUACUGAAGAGACAGAUGAUACCAGACAAUUUCAGCAUCUUUGAACUGGUAAAGGACAUGCGUACACAGCGGCCCUCUGUGGUUCAGACUAAGGAACAAUAUGAACUAGUAUACAGGACCAUCAAGUUGCUGUUUGAGAGAUAUCUAGCAGCAAUGGAAGAACCAAACAGAGAGGUGCCAGCUCCCACCUUACCUGUCACCAUAAGCAGUGGGAGUGAGAUCUCAGAUUUCAGCGACUCCGAAUCAGAGACUGAGACAGACUUCAGAGCGCUGCGUCAAACUGAGCACAGGAGAAAUGAGAUGGAAAUCCUAAUGGAUGAACACAAUCACAUUACACAGAACAUCACUUCUUGGCCACAACCACAUUUACAUCCAUUCAGUCAAGAGGUCAUCUCCUCCAAAGUCAGUCCUGCAGACAUGCUCAGUACAAUGAGUGAGGCCCAGAUAAAUAACCAGAGGUCAUUCGUAGCACCAACCCCUCAAAGAGACGUUACAACCUGUGGAUAUGAAAGAACUGAGCCAUCCACCAGCCUCAACACUGAUCUUACCCAAGCUGCAUGUUAUCAUCCCAUCAGCCUAGUACAGGAGCUGAGGCCAAAUAUGAAGCAUCUGGAGUGGGAAGAAAACCAAGAUGUUAGUCCCGUUGGCACAGACUACAAGCCUAUUCCCUCCAGCACCCUCUGCUUCACUGUGGAAGAUCCUUAUUUUGGUCCUGAGUCUCCACCGGCUGGUGAAAAUCCGAGUGUUAUGGACUCUAUGGUUAAUGAAAUCUGGAUAGAGAACCCUUGUCCCAUAAUACCUAGUUUAGUGCUUAAUAACCCUUGUCUUACAAUACCUAGUUUAGAGCUUAAUAACCAGGUGAUGGAACUGCCAAAACAUAACUGCAAUGAAACAGGUGCAAAUAUACCUUCAUCUGAUGAAGACACCCCUCCUCCUUUGCCAGAGAGAACGCCGGAGUCUUUUAUACUGGCAGAAGAAAUCAACGUAUCAUCUAUUCCACUCAGUCCUAUUGUGAUCACAAGUGACAGUCCUCCUCCCCUUCUGUACAAACAUCCACAGGAUAUCAGUGAAACCAGUGAGCUGUUGACACUGGUGAUCCCAACCAGCUCAGGCUCUGAGAGUGUUAACAAAGACAGCCCGCCCUCACCAGUCCCCCCACUGCCUGAGAGAACUCCAGAGUCUUUUGAAUUGGCCAUGGAUAAAGAUUUGGUACAAAAUGUGACACGGGAAAUGCCACAGGAUGUUGUAAUGAGAGUUGGGAAAUCUUUAGAAUGGUCUGGGCAAACAUCUGAAGCUCAGACAGACAUGAAACGAUCCUGGUCAAGAAGCAAGAGCCUAAAACUUAGAAUGUCACUUCCUGUAUCAUCUAUCCCACUCAGUCCUAUUGCGAUCACAAGUCACAGUCCUCCUCCCCUUCUGUACACACAUCCACAGGAAUCUCUACUACACACCCUAACACCACACGAGCAGACAUCUGAGACGUUCAGACCAGUUCCAGGGACAGAAAUUGUCACUCCACCACUUCCUGAAAGAACUCCAGAAUCUUUCAUCUUUCCCACGGAGAAAGUAUCUGACAACAACGCCCUCUGUCUGCCAGCUGAGCCCGAGCAGCAGAGACAGAGAGUGGGCACAUCAUCUGAAUGGUCAGGCAGCUCCCAACCCAGAUCCUUCCUGGAAAGUUCAUGGAGCCGAAGCAAGAGCGUAAGAUCAAAAAGUUCAAAACAAGAGCCUCUAUCUGUGGCGGCUCCGGUGACUCCUCCAGUCUCUGUAACCAUGGCAACUGGAGGCAAAGCUUGCUCUGUGGCCAAUUCAGUAGAGCACCAGACGGCACCCAGCAGUCAGCCAGCAGCAACCGGACCAACAGACAACCGGACAAACCGAGGGGGCGAGAAAACUUCACUGGUCAGCAAGGCCAGGACCAAGAGUAUCAAGUUUUUGAAAGGAAAACAGAGGCCAAAAACAGCUCCGCCUCCAAUCCCGCCCCCAGCUCCACCUUCAGCCCCUCCCGCAGCCCCGCCUCAGUCUGCUCCACCACCACCCUAUGGUGCUGCUGUUGGAUUCUUAUUUUCUUUUGGAUCUCGUUUUGGAAAGCCAAAAGGCCCACGAAGUAAACCAGAAACAUGGGUCUAGUUCAUGCCGAUGGUGAAAGGAAAGGAGAACAGCCUCACAAGACAGUGCAACAGGGGAUGUACUGAACAAACAUUUCUUUCAGCCACAGAGACUGUGGUUUUUGAUUGAUAGUAGACCAACCACUGACCUCACACAACAGAUGGACAUUUUUACAGAUUCUGUAUAGAGGUGUAAUGCAAGAGAAUGGCCUGUCUGAACAUUGAACCAUUGCAAUGAACUUGCAACUAAAAUGUAUAUAAAAUGAUUAUAAUUGUGCAA